AUGAGCAGUGAGGGGUUGGAGAAUGAGGAAAGGAAAACAGGGGAGAGAUAUAAUGUUGAUAUGAGGGGAAGCGAGGGGAAUUGCGGUAGGGAGAGGUCGGAUUCUGCUCUGAUUCUUGAUGAUUCUAGGCAGCAGCUUGAGCAUGAAUUCGUUGUUGAGGAGCGGCCAGAGGCAUCAGAGCGACCAGAGGCACCAGAGCGACCAGAGGCAUCAGAGAAUGAAGGUGACAAUAUGGAGUAUGACAACUUCAGAGGUGACAAUACGGAGGAUGAAGAUUUGAGAGGUGCCAAUAGUGAAGGUGUUACUAAUGUCGUUACUUGGCAGAGGAACGAUGACGACACGGGUGAUUCUGCUGCUACUUUAGCUGCUGCUCUUGCCUCGGCCUAUGGGGGGAUGGACGAAGGAGACGAGGAGAUGGAAGAGAAGGAAGAGGAGGAAGAAGAGGAGGAAGAGGAGGAGGAGGAGGAGGAAGAAGAGGAGGAGGAAGAGGAGGAAGAGGAGGAGGAAGAGGAGGAGGAAGAGGAGGAGGAAGAGGAGGAGGAAGGAGCAGAGGCAGCAGAGGAAUCAAAGGGAGCAGAGGGAGCAGAGGGAACAGAGGGAACAGAGGAAGCAGCGGGAGCAGAGGGAGCAGCGGGAGUGAAUGAUUUGGUGUGUGACGAUGCAGAGGACAUGAGGCUGGCACAAGGUCAGAGUGAAGGAAGUUUCCGGGAAGGAGUUGGUGAGGGUGCAAAUGAUGGUGGUGACAAUAUGGAGGAUGACAAUAUUGAAGAUGUUACCAACGUCAUUGGUCGGCAUGAAAAUGACACAAGUGGUGCUGAUGCCUGUUUUGCUUCUCUGCUUGCCAUGGCGUAUGGAGGGGUGGAUGGGGAGGAGGAGGCGGAGGAGGAGGGAGGGGUUGAGGUAGAGGAGGGGAAGGAGAAGGGGAGGGAGGCAGAGGAGGAGAAGGAUGAACAGGAAGAGGAGGAAGAGGAGGAGGAGAAGGAUGAACAGGAAGAGGAGGAAGAGGAGGAAGAGGAGGAAGAGGAGGAAGAGGAGGAGGUUGAUGAUGAUGAUUUGGUGUGUGGUGGUGCAGAUGACAUGAGGCGCAUGUGGGAGGCUGCUGAUCCUGAUGCUGUUGCUAAUUCUGCUGCUUCUGCACCAACAACAACGGCAGCAGCAGCAGAUACACCAGCAGCAGCAGCAGAAGAUACACCCGCAGCAGCAGCAGCAGCACUACCAGCAGCAACAGCAGCAGCAUCAGCACCAGCAGCAGCAGCAGCAGCAGCCGCAGCAGCAGCAUCAGCAACAGCAGCGGCAGCAGCAGCAGCAGCAGCAUCAGCAGCAACAAAAGCAGCAGCAGCAGCAGCAGCAGCAGCAGCAUCAGCAACAGCAGCGGCAGCAGCAGCAGCAGCGGCAGCAGCAGCAGCAGCAGCAUCAGCAGCAACAAAAGCAGCAGCAGCAGCAGCAGCAGCAGCAGCAGCAGCAGCAGCAGCAGCAGCAGCAGCAGCAGCAGCAGCAGCAGCAGCAGCAGCAGCAGCAGCAGCAGCAUCAGCAUCAGCAGCAGCAGCAGCAGCAGCAGCAGCAGCAACAAAAGCAGCAGCAGCAGCAGCAGCAGCAGCAGCAGCAGCAGUGGAGUCUAGUCAGGGUGACUUAGCUCCCAGCGGUGGUGAUGGUGGGUGUGGGGGUGGUGGGGAACGUAGUGGCAGCAGUGGCUCGGAAGGGAGCUUGGAGGCUCGGGUUUUCAGAGGAUCUGCUGCAGCACAGCGAGCCUCUGGUGGAGGGAUGAAGGGAGUUGGAGAAGGGGAAGCAGGUGCAGGUGCAGGUGCAACAGCUGUUUGGGGAUCACAGGGAGCGACUGUAGGUGCAGCGGAAGGUGCAGCAAACGGAGUAGCUGGAGGAGCAGAUGCAGGAGGGGCGGUACGAGGUGCAACAGAAGGGGCAGCAGGAGGGGCAGCAGGAGGGGCAGCAGGAGGGGCAGCAGGAGGGGCAGCAGGAGGGGCAGCAGGAGGGGCAGCAGGAGGGGCAGCAGGAGGGGCAGACACAGCCGAGAGAGGGGCAGAAGCAGCUGCUCAAAGAAAAACACGAAUGCAAAAUGCAGCUUCUACAUCAAGGGCAGAGGGUGGAGCAGCAGUGGAGAUGGGGAGGGAGGCGAUGCGGCAGAGUGAGGGCUUUCGGAGUGUGGAGGACGAGGAGUGGAGGGAGCGACAGAAGGUGCUGCAGCAGCAGGCUGAGGAGGCUCAGGCUGAGAAGAGGAGGAGAAGGGCUGAGCGUGCCGAACGUGAGAGGCUGGAACGAAUGCAGGCUCGGCAGCAGAAGCGUGUGGAGGAGGUUCGGCAACAGCAGGAGCAGGUGGAGCGGGCAUCUGGUCUAAAGGAGCAGCUCAGGGCAUCUGUACAUGCAGACCUUGUCAAGCGCCUGGCAGGGUGCCGUGACUUUGCGUCAGUCUUGGAUAAGAUCGGGAUCAAAGUUGAUGGCAUGCCGCAGCCAUCGAUUCAGCAGGUUGAAGCAUCUUUCAAGAAGGCACUGCUUCGGUAUCACCCGGACCGGAUGGCAAGGCUCGGAGCAGGCGCGGACGUUCGGAAGCAGGUAGAGGCCGAGGAGACGUUCAAGAUGAUGCUGGAGAAGAAGAAAACACUUCCGCUUGUUGCACCACCUGCCCCACCUGUUGCUGCACCAUCUUACCCGGAAUAUGAUCUGCCUAGGUUCCAUAAGAAGUUUGUCAUGUGCGUGGCGGCGGCGUGCGUUCCGACGAGCUGCGCGCAGCCUCCUCCGCCGACGAAGGCGCAGCUGCGCACUGAGUUGCAAAACAUGGCGAAGAGCAUCGUGAAGCGGUACCCGCAGUACUCGCGAUACGCGCAGGACGCUACCAAAUACAUCAACUUUGCUCUGAACUCCAAGUAUGACCUGUCAGCACUGCGAGACGCCUCUAUCCUCAUUCCCAACAACGUGCAGGCAGAAGCCCUCGCUAAGAGAAUCCCCGCUAAGAGCAGCAGCAUCCCCACACUGUACAACAUCACAGCCUUCCACAUCCUGCGCCGCCGAAUGACCCUCCCGCAGAUGCGGCAGGUGAAGCUGCGGACGGCGAUAGGAACUCAGCUGAGGCAGCCGCUCUUCAAGAUGACGCCGAUGGGAAACAACAGCGCUGUGUCGUUUGCUAGAGGGCCAUACUUGAAGGCAGGCCAGUGGACCACCAUUCGCAUCCCGGGGCUGUAUGUGGGGCGAUGGUUCAUUGCCCAUGGGGUGGAUCGGGUGAUCAUCCCCACUUACACCAAAGUAUGA